CAUACACACACGCUCUCACUCUUCGUGGGAGUAAGUGUGUAAGUAAAGAAGGAAAGAGGGAAAGAGAGAGAAGGGAGAGAGAGAGCGUGAUUCCAAGUCUCUCUCUGCUGCUCUCUCCACUUUGGGUACUCGUACCCAGUCUGACUCAAUGGGGCUUUAGCACUAAGGGGUUAAACGUUAAAAUAAAAUAUAUUUAUUUACCCCAAACCCCCUUUAGUGUUUAGGUUUUGUGCAUUACGAUAGACAGACAUAGGUAACUCAUUACGGAGAGUCCGGGAGAGAGGUAGAGACGUCUCCAGAGGCGUGCCUUUUUGUCUGUUGCCUCGUAGAAGGUUCAGUCGGGUCCCUGUCGUCGGCUGGCUUUCUGUGAGAGGAUAACUUCCACCAUAUCCUACAUUUACAGCUCACCCGGGCCGGCAAACUACAACACUAUGGAUACUGGAGAUUGUCCUUUCCGCAAGAAACGGAGACCAUGGCGCAUGGACUUCUCAUCCUUCGCCUUGGUAACGGUGGCCCUAGCCGUGUGCCAAACGACCGUGGUUCGGGCAGACCCAGUGGAUGUGUUGCGGGCUCUGCAGGUUCCCUCUCUCCCUGAGGGCGUGAAGAAAGUCCCCGGCUUCUGCACAUCCCGUCGCUCCAGCAGCCCCGACCAUGCUUACCGCAUCACCAAGAAGGCCCAGAUCUCCGCCCCCACCAAGCAGCUUUUCUCAGGUCGAUUCCCAGAGAACUUCUCCAUCAUGGCUCUGGUUAAGGCCCAGGCUGGUCUCCAGGCCUUCCUCCUCUCCAUCUACAGUGAGCAGGGCAUCCAGCAGCUGGGCAUUGAAAUGGGACGCUCACCUGUUUUCCUCUACGAGGACCAGAAUGGCAAGCCAGCCCCUGAGGACUACCCACUGUUCAAAGGCGUCAACCUGGCUGAUGGCAAGUGGCAUCGCAUCGCUAUCUCUGUUUCAAAGAAAAAUGUGACACUGCUGCUGGACUGCAAGAAGAAGAUGACCCGCCCCUUGCCCCGUGGCAACAACGCAGAGGUUGACACCAAUGGCAUUACAGUCUUUGGAGCCCGUCUGCUCGAUGAGGAGGUUUUCCAGGGAGAUAUCCAGCAACUGCUGAUCGCCUCCAACCCCCAGGCUGCCUAUGACUUCUGUGAACACUACAGCCCUGACUGUGACUCCCCACUGCCCAAGACCCAGGCUCAGGACCCCAACACAUAUUACUUUGAUGAGGAGCAGGAUGACCAUGAAUACCCCUAUUAUUAUGAGGACACAACAGGCAUUCCCUCCUCCUCUGCGUCCCCCUCUCCCCAACCUGGGGCCCCCAGUCAACAGGAUGUAGAUACUGAAUAUGCCGAGGCUGGCCACACCCCUACAGAGACUGAUUAUUACUAUGAGGAGACGGUGCCCGAGGGUGAGGUGAUUGGACAAGAAGAGGUCCCUGUACAGCCCCAGGUGGAGACGACGUUGGUGGGAGAGGAGGUAGAUGCCACCAAGGCAGGCGGUGUGGGCGAGGAGGCCUUCACUGAGGAGUAUGUGACUGGGGACGUGGGCCUGAAGGAAUACGACUAUUCCUACAGGGACUACAAUGAGCCAAUACUGGAGACUGCAGAGGUCGAAGCCAACAUGGGCCCCGCCCUGUCUGCUGUGACAGAUGAGGGAGGCGCCGCUGUCAGAGGCCAGAAAGGAGAGAAAGGAGAACCUGCUGUCUUGGAGCCUGGUAUGCUGAUUGAAGGACCUCCAGGACCUGAGGGACCUGCUGGUCCUACUGGCCCUCCUGGCUCCUCUGGACCUCCUGGUUCUGUCGGUGACCCUGGCGAGAGGGGCUCUCCUGGUAAGCCUGGUCUGCCUGGAGCUGAUGGAGUCCCUGGACCUCCUGGAACCUCAGUCAUGCUGCCUUUCCGUUUUGGUCAGAGUGGAGGAGAUAAGGGUCCUGUCGUUUCUGCACAGGAAGCCCAGGCAGCAGCCAUCUUGUCUCAGGCCAGGAUGGCUCUGAAAGGACCACCUGGACCAAUGGGAUUCACUGGACGUCCUGGACCAUUAGGAAAUCCAGGAAGUAAUGGUCUGAAGGGAGAGAGUGGAGAUCCUGGUCCUCAGGGUCCCAGGGGACCCCAGGGCAUGAUGGGACCUCCAGGCAAAGCAGGAAGAAGAGGCCGUGCUGGAGCUGAUGGUGCCAGGGGAAUGCCAGGAGAGCCUGGAAUUAAGGGUGACCGUGGUUUUGAUGGUCUUCCUGGUCUGCCUGGUGACAAAGGACACAGGGGUGAUUCAGGUGUAAUGGGACCCCCGGGACCUCAAGGAGAGGAUGGAGAGAGGGGAGAUGACGGAGAAGUUGGACCCAGGGGUCUUCCAGGUGAACCAGGACCUCGCGGUUUGCUUGGACCCAAAGGUCCUCCUGGAAUCCCCGGACCUCCUGGUGUACGAGGAAAUGACGGGCCCCAUGGUCCCAAGGGAAACCUGGGUCCCCAAGGAGAGCCAGGACCUCCAGGUCAGCAGGGAACCCCAGGAACUCAGGGAAUGGCAGGACCUCAGGGAGCCAUCGGACCUCCAGGAGAGAAAGGUCCUACAGGGAAACCAGGUCUGCCAGGAAUGCCUGGAGCUGAUGGCCCUCCUGGUCACCCAGGAAAGGAGGGGCCCCCUGGCACCAAAGGAAACCAGGGUCCCACCGGUCCUCAGGGAGCUAUUGGCUAUCCUGGCCCUCGUGGUCUCAAGGGAGGUCAAGGAAUCCGUGGACUGAAGGGCCACAAGGGAGAGAAGGGAGAAGAUGGUUUCCCUGGAAUUAAAGGCGAUUUUGGUCCCAAGGGAGAAAGGGGCGAGAUUGGAGUAACAGGCCCCAGAGGAGAAGAUGGUCCAGAGGGGCCAAAGGGUCGUGUUGGACCCCCUGGUGAGAUCGGACCACUUGGACUAGUUGGAGAGAAGGGUAAACUUGGUGUACCUGGACUUCCUGGAUAUCCUGGAAGACAAGGACCCAAGGGAUCUCUUGGAUUCCCAGGAUUCCCUGGCUCAAACGGCGAGAAGGGAACAAGGGGUCUCACUGGCAAAUCAGGGCCAAGAGGACAAAGAGGACCAACGGGCCCCAGAGGGCAGAGAGGACCAAGGGGCGCGACUGGGAAACCAGGAGCAAAGGGAUCUUCUGGAAGUGAUGGCCCUCCUGGUCCUCCUGGAGAGAGGGGAUUGCCCGGACCUCAGGGAGCCAGUGGUUUCCCCGGACCAAAGGGACCUCCUGGACCUCCAGGAAAGGACGGACUGCCUGGACACCCUGGGCAGAGAGGAGAAGUUGGUUUCCAAGGUAAAAUGGGUCCACCUGGACCUCCUGGAGUCGUUGGACCUCAGGGUCCAUCAGGAGAGACUGGCCCCAUGGGCGAGCGUGGUCACCCCGGACCCCCAGGUCCACCUGGAGAGCAGGGACUUUCUGGUCCCUCUGGGAAGGAAGGCACCAAGGGAGACCCUGGACCCCCCGGAGGCCCUGGUAAAGACGGGCCCCCAGGACUGAGAGGCUUCCCUGGAGAGAGAGGACUGCCUGGAACCCCUGGAGGUGGAGGACUGAAGGGAAGUGAAGGACCUCCCGGACCUCCUGGACCUGCUGGUUCUCCUGGUGAGAGGGGCCAAGCUGGUACUGCUGGACCUGUUGGACCUCCUGGCAGACCAGGGCCUCAGGGGCCUCCUGGACCCUCUGGAGAGAAGGGAGUUCCUGGUGAGAAAGGACCUAUUGGCCCAGCCGGUCGUGAUGGAGUACAGGGUCCCGUGGGUCUGCCUGGCCCUGCUGGAACACCUGGAGUACCCGGAGAGGACGGAGACAAGGGUGAGGUUGGAGAGCACGGUCAGAAGGGCGCCAAGGGAGCAAAGGGAGAGCACGGUCCUCCUGGUCCACCUGGGCCAAUGGGUCCUGUUGGUCAGCCUGGUGCUGCUGGUGCUGAUGGAGAGCUUGGACCAAGGGGGCAGCAGGGGCCUUUUGGAGCUAAAGGUGAUGAAGGAACCAGAGGAUUCCCAGGAGCCCCAGGACCCAUUGGACUGCAGGGCUUGCCAGGACCACCAGGUGAGAAGGGAGAGACGGGAGAUGUUGGACCUCUGGGUCCUCCAGGCCCUCCAGGACCCCGUGGCCCUGCUGGACCCAAUGGUGCUGAUGGUCCUCAAGGUCCUCCCGGUGGUUUGGGUAAUCCUGGACCUAUUGGAGAGAAGGGAGAGCCUGGUGAGGGCGGACCACCUGGAAUAGUAGGAGAGCCAGGAAAGAAGGGUCCCCGUGGAGAGCGUGGAGAGAAGGGAGAGGCCGGACAACCUGGAACAGCUGGACCUGCUGGAGGAAGAGGACGACCUGGAGACGAUGGACCCAAAGGAAACCCUGGUCCUGUUGGUUUCCCUGGCGAUCCUGGUCCCCCUGGUGAGGUUGGACCCAGAGGUCAAGAUGGUGCCAAGGGAGAGAGAGGAGAAGAUGGUGAACCAGGAGAAUCUGGCUCCCCUGGACCCCCUGGUGAGAACGGACCUCCCGGUCCCCUUGGAAAGAGGGGCCCUGCUGGAACAAGAGGACCAGAGGGACGUCAGGGAGAGAAAGGAACUAAGGGAGACCCAGGUGCUGUUGGCCCCCCAGGAAAAACCGGCCCCGUUGGUCCCCAAGGUCAACCAGGAAAACCAGGAACAGAAGGUCUCAGAGGACUUCCAGGAUCAGUGGGUGAGCAAGGAUCUCCAGGACUUGCAGGACAAAAAGGACCACCAGGACCUCUUGGACCUCCUGGUUUGCCUGGCCUGCGUGGAGACCCCGGUGCCAAGGGAGAGAAGGGACAUCCAGGUCUUAUCGGUCUCAUUGGACCCCCAGGAGAGCAGGGAGAAAAGGGAGACAGAGGUCUGCCUGGGCCUCAGGGAACCACCGGCCCAAAAGGAGAGAAUGGAAUGGCUGGAGGCACUGGACCCAUCGGCCCUGCCGGUCCUCCUGGUCUUCCUGGUCCUCAAGGUAUCAAAGGAGCUAAGGGCUCUUCUGGAGGAGCUGGUCCAAAGGGAGAAAAGGGUGUACAAGGACCUCCUGGACCUCCUGGCCCAGCAGGUGAGGUCAUUCAGCCCCUGCCCAUCCAGAGAAGUCCUAAGUCCAAGCGUUCCAUCGAUGCGAGCCAGCUGCUCCCUGAGACCGACAUGCCUGCAUCUGAUGCCACUGGCACUGAGUUCCUGAUGGGCAGUGAAGGCAUGGAGGAGAUCUUUGGCUCUCUGAACUCACUGCGACAGGAGAUCGAGACCAUGCGUUUCCCUCUGGGCACCCAGGACAGCCCUGCCCGCACCUGCCAAGACCUGCACCUCAGCCAGCCAGACCUCAAAGACGGAGAGUACUGGAUUGACCCCAACCAGGGCUGCUCCAGAGACUCUUUCAAGGUCUUCUGUAAUUUCACCAGCGGAGCAGAGACAUGCCUGUACCCCAGCAAGACCAUCAACACGGUGAAGAUGAGCUCCUGGGACAAAGAGACUCCAGGAUCCUGGUACAGUCAGUUCUCCGCUGGUAGUAAGUUUUCCUAUGUGGACUCUUCUGGUGAGCCCGUGGGUGUUGUCCAGCUGGGCUUCCUGCGUCUCCUUAGCGUCCAGGCCCGCCAGGACCUCACCUACCACUGCCACCGUUCAGUGGCCUGGGCCGACCGAAGUGCCAAGAACAACUACAACAGGGCGCUGCACUUCCAGGGCGCCAACGACGAGACACUGAGCUACGAGACCAAUCCUUACAUCAAAGCUUUGGUCGAUGGCUGCUCUUAUCGUAAGGGCUUUGACAGGACAGUCCUGGAGAUCAACACACCACAGGUGGAGCAUCUUCCUCUGCUGGAUAUCAAGGUGUCAGACUUUGGGGAGAGCAACCAGCAGUUUGGCUUUGAAGUGGGACCUGUCUGUUUCCAAGGCUAAAAACACACAUACACACAUCAUGCAAAGAACAACACGUGCAAAUACUCACGCACACACACAUGCACUUAGAGACACACUUAAAUAUAAUAAACAUACAUGCCCAGUAAUUUGUAAAUUAACUUGUAAAUGAUAUGAAACACACACGUACACAAACCCGCAGACAGACACACUUACACACGCAGAUGCUGUUGUGAGACAAACACGCACUCACACUGUACGUGCCUGGGGAAAGCAACAUCCUCCCAACAAUUAAUGGACGUAAAAAAAAAAAGAGGAGAGAAAUAAAAUACUCGCGGAGAGGAGACCAUCGUUUGGGUAAACGACUGCGAGAAAGGAAGAAAAAAAAACCAGGAGAGAGUGCUCUUCGGAAUAAAACAGUGUUUUCUCUACCAGCAGCAAAAGGGGCCGGCCUGAGAAAGAGGGCAAGCCAGUAACUUGAGGCCUGAAGCUCCCUGUCUCCGAUCCCCCUCUCACUCUUCUGUCCUCCCCGCUGUCUUUUUUUCCACUCAUCUCACCUGCUCUACCUCCCCCCUACUCCUACCAAAAAAAGGGUCACACUUGGACAUUAUUUCCAUUUCUUUAAUCCCAGAUUUACACUGUGAGCAGCAUGAUUGACAGCCACUGACUCUUUAGUCAUUCAGACAAAAAAGUUGCUUAGAACUGAAAGUUUUUAAUCAAUUUUUUAUCUGUUUUGCACUUGCCAGCCAGAACCUCUACUGCUGAAGCAAAAUCAAAUCAAAACAGUAGACACCAAACUCUGACCUUUGGGUGAUCCCUGUAAGUGCCAACUCAUCUGGUCAUUUAAUUCUGUCAGAAAUGAAUGAAAGCCCAGUGACUUGUCAAUCGUGUUGCUCACAUUGUAAACACAGAGUAAAUUUCAGCAUUUAUUACAUCAAAAGGAACCAAAGAAUUAGAGUCACCAGUUUCCACCCAGAAUAAAAAGAGGGAAUCAACCAAAUGAUGCCAGCUGGGUCUUCUUGGUCUUGUUUAAGCUGCCACCAAGUGAAUUUUUAAAAUCUUUGUAAUAUUGUCUUCAUGACCACCUUUCAGUUUUAUUAAAACAGUCUAAGAAUGUGAUUCACAGCUCAAACUGAUGAUUAAAAGAUCGUCCUGGUGUUAUACAGCAAGGUUAAUGGAGUCCAGUGUGACACAAGAUGUAUUCUUUAUUUUACUGGACAAUCUUCCUCAGCCCUUUGUUAACAUUGAACUAAACCUGCUGCAUGCAGUGAGACAGGAUAGAAGAUCUGAGAUCAGUGAAUUUAAAAGCCAUUAUUUUUGUAAACUGUGCUGAACCUGACGCUAUUGUACUUGCAUGUUACUGGUGCCUUUUAAAAGGGCUGAUUCUACUUCUUUUAGAUCAUGGAUCAGGCUACCAGGGUCGCUACCACACACACCAGUCCAGUAUUUGCUGAGUCACUUUCUGGGUCCUUUGAUUAUUGUUUUCCAUCCAGAAUCCAUUUUUGGAUUUUGCAUCCAAGCACAGAACAACAUCAGGGUUUAAGAUGUAUAUGUGAUUCAAAGGUCUCUCUUUCAUUUUUUUGAUACAGCAGUGAAUAAAAUGCAUGCUUUACUGAAAGAAACUGUGUGGCAAGGUGCUAAUUAUACCAAAGCAUAAAAGUUCUAGUAUUCAUUUUGAGUCCUUAAUUUUCUUUAGUCUCUUUUACAAUUUCAUGAAGCUUUUUACUGGGGAAAAUGUGCAUUACAUUCCAUUUGUACAGAAAUAGUGAUAUUCUAUUGUAUUUAUUUAAAACAAACAGGGUGCUUUGAGAUUAAAAAAAUACACGGACCACCAAAUAUUCCAGUCAAAUGUGGUAUAUUUCAUUUGUAUUUAUUUCCUGUAGCUGACACUUGAAGGUCAAGUGAAGCAAGCGACUCACAUGUUAAACUCACUGUCAGCCUGAGUUAUGGUGCUUCUUUUCACGCCCUGUCCAAACUCCUUUUGUAGAACCAAAGAAUCUGUGGCCAUAUUUUAUUGUAAUAUCCCUUUUUAGUGUUUUCAACAACUGUACUGUGCUGUUAAAUUUUGCUUCCUCUGUAAUAAUUAAAUGGUGACUCUCCAGCUCUGUCACAUUUCCUUGUCGUUGCUACUGUUUGACUUGGCGUAUAUUGGUUUAAGGCUCAGGUCGUUGCUGCCCGGGCUUUGAAAUGCAUCACAGAAAUACAGUUUACUGAGUCAGCCUCUGCAUUAAUUUACACUGAGGUGCUGAGGACACACAAUCCUCUGAUCUUUUAAAUUUCCAUCUGAGACCACAGCGGGUAGGAGAAAGGUUGUGAGAGGGAGGAGUAAGCUUUGUCAGCCACCAUGGGACUAAAGGUGAUUAAUAAGAUUAUUGUUUAUAAGUAUAAUGUGGCUAUGGGGUGUAAUCAUUACUAGGGUUCUGGUUUUUUUUUGUUUGUUUUUUUGUCUUGGUUUUGGUUUUGUUUUUUAACUAUAUCAGGGAAAUGGGGUGGGAAAGCCAAAACCCAAAUUUAAAAAAUCUGACCUUGAGAUUCUCCAGAGAGAAUGACCUCAAAUAUUUGUUUUUAUUGUGUUGAAGACAAAUGUUUCAACAUAUAAAAUAUGGUGCUGAAAAGAGAAAAAAGUAUUAUUUUAUAAUGUGUGUAAGUAAUUUUUUUAAAUUCUUGUUUCUGUAAUAUAUAAUCUUUUAAAAAGA